AUGCACACACUGAGUUUCCAGAAACAUCGAAUUUUGAUUUCUGUAGAAGCGGAGUCAGACACCGACGAUUUGGAGGCACAUAGUUCAGAUGAAGCAGCUCAGAUUUGGGCGUUGGUUUGCAUCAAAGCGAUUCGAGUCUAUCACUCCAUGCUUCAGGUUCCUGCAGGCAUCAAACGGCAACUGAAAUUUUGGCAACAGAUUACUGGAAAGAGUUUGCAUGGUGAGGCAUUCAUUUUUGACAUUGAGCAUGUCAUACCUUUGGCUUGUCCUGUUGAUGUGCAGCAGUUUGGGGCGAGUCGUUUCAGGAGUUUGGUUGCUCCACUGGAGCCUGAGCAGGGCCCUCGCUUGUUAGGAAAUUUGGAAUCUGAAGGUCUGCGGCAAGAUUGGGUGGGGGAAAGCCCUCCUUCACGUGUGUUGCGAGCCCCAAGACCCUUUAUCCAGAAAGUUUUGAAUGGGACAUUCUCUGCAAUAUUGCUGCCGCACUUGCCAAAUAAGAAGAGGAGUGGCUCAUCUGGGCUCACAAUGAACUGGCAGUUGUGCGGGUUCACAUCUGAGGAUGUGCCUGUUUUGCCAGGUCAUGCUUCUACAUUUCCAGAUGCUGAUUCCAACUUGGUUUUGGACACCAAUGUUUUGGACGAAGCGAUUGAUUUUUUGCAAGCGUAUGCAGCUACAAUCUUGACCGAUGUUGAAGACGCAGAUUUUGAGAAUGUAGAGUACUUAGCCCUGCAACGGUGUGUUGGGGUUUUUCAACGUCUUCUACAAGGUAUGGACCCCAGUGCUUUUGUGCGAUCAGCUAGAGAAAUGACAGGCAAGGGCAAUGCAUUUUGGUAUUCAUCAAGGCGACCAUAUCAAGUUGCCUUUCUAGUCAAAGCUGUGACGAUGGCCAACUUACUUCGGACUGCCGGCUCCAUGCAAGAAGUUUUGCAAAGUGCAGCAGGCAUCUUGUUGCCUGAAGUGCUCCAAGCCCCUUUCAAACACAUGUUGGAAACAUGUCGGCAUUGCACGCCGCAUGAGAGCACCAUAUCGCGUUGGAAACUCCUGCUUGAUGGUGCGUUUAUGUUGUUUCAGCGGCGAACCAACACUGAAAUUCCCAGAGGGUCAGGAAGUGGCGCCAUUCGCUACUUGAUGGCAGAUGCUUCAACGCAGCACGGGAGAGAUUUUGAGCACAUCAUGGUCGCCAGUGUGAAAGCUUCUGAUGUUUGCCUGCUGUUUCGCACUGCCUGUUCUCUUUUGGAUACAUGGCAUGCUGUGGAGGAUGAUGACGCUCCUGCUUUGCAAAUAGAAGAGGAACUUAUGGUUAAAGUGGAAUGCCAGGAUGCACCAGAGUUGGACGCUGACCAUCUGCAGGAUGAUGGGUUUGAUGUGGUAGUCGAUGAGGCGCCCCUUGAGCGAUUUUGGAGCCUUCAAGCUUUCAACCACGGCUCUGGCCAAAAGCCAGCACAGCAGCAGGCAUCAGAAGAAUCAGGUCCUAGGCUGGAGUACAUCAAUGAAACCAUUGAAAGUCCAGAGUUUUGGGCCCAGCUACUUGCUUUGGACAAAUUGUUUACAGUUGUGCGUGACUUGUUUGAUUGGGUGGAGUCAUGCCCAUGCCACUACAAACGCCAAGCCCCAACAGACAAUCCAGCAAUCAAGCGAAGAUGGCAGGCUUGCCCAUUGCGCGGAAGGCGCUUGCCAGAGAUUUCUUGCGGAAGGUUCUUUGAUAUCUUGAACCGGUUAUGCUUGGCCAAUGCUGCACGAUUGUUUCUAGAGUUGCCAGAUUCUUUGGCAGAGGAUUGUCGAGCAGCGUGCCUUUUGGAUUUUGAGCAUGGUCGAGGGCAUUUGACUUUUCAACUGACGUUGAAAAUGGCUUGUUUCCUUGAGCCGCCGCUUUUGCUCUUUGGCCUUGCGCACCAUGACCCAGAAAUGCCAGACUUGCAGAAAGAUGUGCUCCAACGUUGCAUGUCAUCCCAAUGCCAACACCCCCUGGUUCAGAAACUCAAAGAGCAAAAAUUGCAUGAAGAAGCCGAACUUUUUAUUGAAGGUGAAGACCUUAAGUUGCUUGAGAAUCUGGAAUUUUUCACUGCAAGUUUCCGAUUUGCUUGGGGCACAGAGCGGAAAGUGGAAGGUGGCCAUGCCCAGGUCAACAUGUAUGCCAGCGGCAGACGAAAUCGCACAGAAGCAACCGACUCCUUGGCUUUGCGCUUGUCUGAAAUCAAGCGCAUUUUGUCGUCUUCCGAUGUAACAGCAUUUCUUGAAUGCGUGCAAGUGGCCAGGAGCCCUCAGAAGCUAGUGUCCCAAUUGGGGCUUGCCAGGCAUCCUAGCUGCAGGCUUGCGAAAAAUGGGUGGGACCCAAUCUACCGGAAGACAGUGUACCACGCAGAUCCUCUUUCAUUGUACAACCGGGACCCGCCA